CAAAGAAAAACAGAGAGAGGCUUAUCUUAAAAAACUUUUUUCAGUCAUACAGAAAACAAACGAAUCCACAAAUGGAGACAGUUGUGGCUACAGUUUUUGUAUCCCCUAUAGUCAAGUUAUUAAUCACCAAAAUGUCAAAUUAUUGUUCCGGCGAGAUUGCUCUUGUCAGGGGUUUCAAGGAUAAACUGGAAAAGCUUUCUGAGACAUUGGAGCUAAUUGAAGCUGUGUUGGGCGAUGCUGAGAAGCGACAAAUAGAAAAUGAUCGGUUAGUGAGACUCUGGUUGAAAAAACUCAAAGAUGUCGCUCAUGAUGCUGACGACAUUUUGGACGAACUUCAAUGUGAAGAUCUUGGGCUUAAAUUGGAAAAUGAGAGAAACAUCUUGCGAUUAUUUCCCCCGAAGCAAUUUGGAUUUGGAUAUAAGAAUAAGAUGGCUCAUAAAAUUAAAGAUGUCAAUAGAAAGUUGGAUGAAAUCACACAAGUUAUGGAGAAAUUCAAAUUCCUUAAUCAGCUGGGUACUACUUCUGGUCGUCAUAUUACUGUAAUGAAUGAGAAAAGAUCAGAAACAUCUUCGGAUGUUAAUGAUUCGUCUGCUAUUGUGGGAAGGAUAGAUGAUAUAUCAAAAAUAUUAGAUUUAUUAAAACAAGAAAGUGAUUCUGUUGUUCGCAUUUCUGGUAUGGGAGGGAUUGGCAAGACCACACUUGCUCAAUUGGUGUUGAAGGAACUAGCUGUUAAUAACGAAGAUUAUUUUAAACUCAAAAUUUGGGUUUCUGUUUCCCAAAAAUCAGACGCCAAGGAGAUAUUCUGUGACCUCUUGGAAUCCAAUAAAGAAACCACAUCAAGCUUGGAGACCAUCAAAAAUCGCCUGAAAGAGAAACUCAAGGGGAAAUGCCUGAUAGUACUUGAUGAUGUAUGGAUAAAAAAUGGCAACCGUGGCAUCGAUGUAGAGCAGUUGCUAAAAGAUAUUUUGUCUAUGAGUGGCAAUGGAAGUAAGAUUCUUAUGACUAUGCGAAGUGCUGAACCCAUCCAUCCGAUGAAGGAUUGUCGAUACAUGAUCUACCAAUUACAAGGUCUACCCGAAAAUGAUUGUUGGUCUAUUUUUGAGAAUAUGGCAUUUGCGCAUGGAGGUGAAAAUUGGGAAUGCAAGGACCCAGAUCUGAUCAGCAUAGGGAAGCAAAUUGCGAGAAAGUGUGGAGGUAUUCCUCUAGUUGCAAAGACUCUCGGGGGUUUGCUCUACUCUAAAAAAGAUAAGUCAGAAUGGUUAUCUAUCUUAAACAGCCAAAUUUGGAAUCUCCCAGCCGGCGAAAAUAAGAUCAUGUCGAUAUUGAAGUUGAGUUACGAUCACUUAUCACCAUAUGUGAAACGAUGCUUUUCGUAUUGUUCAAUUUUUCCCAAGGGUCAUUAUUUUAUGAAGAAAGAACUUAUCAGAAUGUGGAUGGCAGAAGGAUUCCUUAUCAGUCCCUGGGAAGCAAAUUCCUCAAAUGCAUCUCCAGUAACUGUAGGUAACGAUUACUUCAAAAACUUGUUGCUCAACUCUUUUUUCCAGGAUGAGCAUAGGAACAAAUGGGGGGAUAUCAAGUCAUGCAGAAUGCAUGAUCUUGUGCACGAUCUUGCAAUAUUAAUUGCUGGGAGUGAAUCUCAGACUGUGAUGGUAAGUAGUAAAGAAGAUGAUCAAGAAGUUAAUAUGCAAUGUGAUAAAUUUCGUCACUUAGGGUUACAAGUGCUUGAUAAAGAUGUCUCAGCAAUCCCCUCGGAGAUUUAUGAAGCCUCCAAUGUGCGAACAUUUGUUUCUUUUUGUCCCCUCGACUAUGAAAUCCAAGGUAAUGGUGCCUGGGCCAAGAAAAUCUUCAGCUUGAGUUUGCUAAGGGUUUUAAAUCUAAGUCACACAGGAGUUGAAGAGUUGCCUCAAUCAAUUUCCAAAUUAAAGCACCUUCGGUAUCUUGAUAUCUCACAUACUAGAAUUCAUACUUUCCCUGCUUCUUUCCGUCAGCUCUACAAUUUACAAACUUUGAUCCUCACAGGAUGUAAUUUAAAAGAGCUUCCCAAAGACAUGAGAAAGCUGAUCGGUUUGGAAUAUCUCGUAUUCAGUGAUAGACCUGAUGUGUACAAUCAAACGCCAAGAGAAGUAAGCAGAUUCAGUAAGCUUAAGAAAUUAUCCGUAUUCGUUGUGGGAAUAGGCAAAGGUUAUGGUAUAGAAGAAUUGGAACGUCUAAAUCUCCUUGGAGGUAAACUGAUUAUUACAAAUUUGGAAAGGGUAACAGAUGCAAGGAAAGCAAAUUUGAAGGGGAAGAAGGAUAUUAUACACUUACACCUACGUUGGGAUUCAGCGAUUUGUAAUACUUCUGAUAAAUGCAACAAAGAUAAUGUGGUGCUGAAGGGCCUCCAACCUCACCCAAAUCUAAAAGAGUUAACAAUAUUGUAUUUUGGUGGUUCAGAGUUCCCAGCAUGGAUGAUGAGUACUUCCCUGCAUCUUCCAAAUUUGGUAAAUAUUACUCUAUAUGAUUGUGUUAAUUGUGAGCAUCUUCCUGCACUUGGACGACUACAAUCACUUAGAUCUCUUUAUAUGGAAAGAAUGGGAGCAAUCAAACAAAUUGGUGGUGAGUUCUAUCAAAGCAAUGGAGCAGCAUCAUUCCCUUCUUUGGUAAAGCUUUAUUUACGUUCUUUUUACAAUCUAGAAGAAUGGUUAGGAGACCAGCAGUCAUCAACAUCUAGUUUCCCUUGCCUUGAAUCGUUGAAGAUCCUCGAUUGCAAUCAGUUAUUAACCACACCAACAAGUUUCCGAUCUCUCAAAAAGUUAGAUUUUGAGAUUAAGCUGAUUAGUUCUUCCCACCUUACAUCUCUACCUCUAAAAUUGAUUCGGGGAGGCAAUAACGUUCUGCAGACUUUGGUGGUCCGUGAUUGUAAAGAGUUUGCAGGCUUUCUUCCAGAUGAUGAGGAGCAACAACAUCGUCAACCAGAUGAUACUUCUAACAACUUUCUUUCGAAGAUAGAAAUUUUGAGAUGCCCUUCUUUAACGUUUUUUCCGGCAGACUUGAGGGGAUUUAUUUCUCUGACCUAUUUGGCCAUUGAAGGGUGUGAAAGUCUUAAAUCAUUGCCAGACGGUAUACAAUACCUCCCGGCACUUCAGACGCUGAUCAUUGGUGGAUUUUCAGAAGACUUGAUAUCUUUUCCAUUUCCAGCAGCCACCGGAUCUGAUGGUGAACAAUACUUCAUUUCCCUCCGUGAAUUAAAGAUAUGCGGGUGGCCUACUCUACUGGAUGAUGUGUUGCCAGACCAACUUCAACUCCUCACUUCAUUAGAGCUUCUCAGUAUAAAAGAUUUCCCUUGUCUGUUGGGUUUGCCUGAGUGGUUUGGCGAAUUAUCUUCCCUUCAAACCUUGGGAAUAGAAUGUUGCAGCAGGCUGAAGUAUCUUCCUUCUGAAGAACAGAUGCUACGCCUAACCUCCCUAGAAGUCUUAAACAUCAGGGAUUGUCCACUAUUGCUCAAAAGAUGUUGCCGUUGUUGUGGCAAAGAAGAAUGGCAUAAGGUUGCACGUCUCAAACAAGUUGGCAGAUCAUCUCCCCUAGUGGAUGACGAAAUUACACGGGAUGCAGCCAUGAACGAAGAGCUCCUUGAGCGUAGGAGGUCUGGGAUCUUCGCAAAUCAAUUCAAAGAGAAAUGCUGGAUUGACAUUUCUGGCCGCUACUGCUUCAUGUUGUUUCCAAGGAGUUUAUAUAUCGAAUGGGGGCAGGACACACGUUACUGGAGAUGGCUUUCAAAAAUAGAGCCAUCAGCAAGUGGCGAUGGGGAGAUUGAAGUUCCUAGUCUAAUACAGGUGUCUUGGCUGCACGUGGAGGGGAAAAUAGACAUGUCAAAACUCAACCCUGGAGUAAAUUAUGAGGUCGUAUUUGUAGUGAUGAUGUUUGAAGAAUGGAGCUGCGGAUGGGGCACUCCUGUGAACCUUUGGCUAGUACUCCCAAAUGGACAAAAACUUGUUCAGAAAGUGAGCUUGGAAACCAUGCCGAAAUCAAAGUGGAUCGAGAUUCACGUUGGAGACUUUGAAACACCGCAACAGCCUGGUGACGAAGAAAGAAUCGUUCACUUUAUGAUGUUUGAACACGUAGAUCAGUUGUGGAAAAGAGGAUUUGUAAUCGAAGGUGCCAUUGUUCGACCUAAGAAAUAAGAAAUUCGCUCCCAAGUAAGGUCGUCUUUGUUUCUUUUUCUUUUAUCGCUCGGGGCUCUUUUAUUACUCUUUCAUUCUUCUCUUAUUUGGGGUGACCAAUUUGGUUGUUUUUUUUUUAUUUUUUUUUUCUUUUGUCCUGUUUUUGUUGUAUUGAACCUCUAUUAAAUGUAACAUUUUUAGUCUUUAUCAGUAAAUCAAUAUUCAAGAUCAAUCUAAUUGCAUUAAAAUAAUGAAGAUCCAAGCAGGAAAUCUGUAAUUUAUCUCUCAAAAUACGAAUUCAACAAUAACAAAGGUUUGAUCUCUAACGAU